GGUCAACACUUCCACUGGUUUCAGAACUGUUCAAGUGUUCCCACAUCACAAAGAUGGUGAGAACUCCAAGUUGUGAGAAAACUGGACUGAAGAAAGGAGCAUGGACUCCAGAAGAAGAUAAGAAGUUGGUAGCUUACAUUACUAGAUAUGGCCAUUGGAACUGGCGCGAGCUUCCGAGGUUUGCCGGUCUAUCAAGAUGUGGAAAGAGUUGCAGACUCCGAUGGAUGAAUUACUUGCGGCCGAAUAUCAAACUAGGGAACUUUAGCAGAGAAGAAGAGGAAAUCAUCAUCAACAUGCAUCAAGAAAUAGGGAAUAAAUGGGCAGCAAUUGCAGCAAAGUUACCAGGCAGAACAGACAAUGAAAUCAAGAACCACUGGCACAGCAACCUCAGAAGACGAUGCUUGAAACAAAAUCUGAAGUUAUCAGAAUCAAAACCAGAUACCUCCGAAAUAGGAUCUGAGUGCAAAGUUAACAGUAAACAAGAAUUAAAGCUCCCCAGUGCUCCAUCACUCCAAACUUUGGAAAGCUCACCCUUGUCUCCAGUACCAUCUUUGAGUGAUUUCUCUUCCUCAAGCACUAAUUCUAUGCUUCCAACUAGCACGAAUUGGCUAGAACUCAAUGGGGAUUUCUGGACAGAACCAUAUGUGGCAGGGAAUUUUUAUUUCCAGGAGAAUUUUCAGCAAACUUGGGCUGACCCAGGAAUUCUUUCUCCUCUUUCUCCCUUAUUGCUUGAAGACUACUUCUGUACUUAUGGAUCCCAUGAAGACAAUUACUUGGAAUGGUUCAACUAAAGGAUAUAAAAUAUAUCAAGAACUCAAGAACUGAAAAGCUACUUCAAGCACGUUUGUUAGUCUUUACCAUAGCAGGAUGCAUCUCUUGGUCAUGGAUUCUCUAAAAUUAGAGAAAAUAGAUUGAAAUUUAGUGAACUAUUCCAAUA